UAUCCGGUUUGAGAAAAAAGGAUGACCACCCUCCCCCCUUAAGCCCGAUGAGCAACAGAGACAAAAUUUAUCACGGAACCUGAAGACCAACCGAAAUGGCGGCAUCAGAGAGCACAGACGGACCAGUCUUGCACGUGAUAGUGGUCGGAUUUCAUCAUAAGAAAGGGUGUCAGGUUGAGUAUUCCUACCCUCCAUUGAUAAAGGGAGAGCCAGUAGACAGCCAUGAGGUGCCUGAUGAGUGGAAACAUCUACCCUCUCUAGCUCUGCCUGAUGGGGCCCACAACUAUGAGAAAGACACCAUAUUUUUCCAUCUGAAGGCACAGGGAGGAAGAAAUGACACAGUGUAUGGAGUGUCAUGUUACAGACAGAUUGAUGCCACACACUUAGUAAACCGCACUGCAGAUGUCACCAGGAGCACAGUGCAGAAGUCAGUUUGUGUGCUGUCAACUUUGCCCCUGUACAGCAUUCUCCAGAGCAAGCUGGAGCUGAUCACCCAUGCCUACUUUGAUCAGGGAGACUUCACCAUUGUUUCACUGCUAGAGGACACCUACAAACAUCUUAAUGCUUGCUUGGAGCCUUGCACCAUAGAUGGAUCUAGAGUGUUUGUAGGUCUGUCUGCGCGUGACGUGGUCCUGAUGUACAGAUAUAAGAUCCUGGUGUUGUUCAAGCUUGUCCUGCUGGAGAGGAAAGUCCUGUUCUACAUGUCACCUGUCAAGAUGCUCUGCAGUGUCAUCUUGUCCCUGCUGUCACUAUUUCCUGGGCUGGUUGAGUGUGGUCUGAAGGAAGCGGCUACUUAUACAAAGCACAGGCAAGUCUCUCCAACACUCCACUCUACAAGUGCUGAGGCAGACGACAGUGGGGAGGAAUUCCUGGAAAUAAAAUACCGAGAUUCUAAAAAUUCUCCAGAAAUCAAUCUGAAAUCCAAAAGUAGUGAAAGUGAUGCUGUUGCUCCUGUGUUAGAAGGCCAAAGGUCUCCGGGUGAAGGUCAGUCUGAUGUGGGUCAAAGGUCACCAGGUGAAGGUCGUGAUGAAAGGUCACCAGGUGAAGGUCAGUCUGCCUCAAAGAGUGAUAUAGAUUGGAAAGAAGAUCAUUAUGGCCAAAUCUCAGUGGACUGUACGCAGAUACAUUCCAAAUCCAUGGAAUCAGUUUCAAAAAAUAAUAGGAGUCAAGGGGUUAAAAAUGGUGGUCAAACGUCUGUCAUGGAGGACCGAGUCCGAGCAGCAAGUGAUCCUUUGCACAUUGUAGAUGACUAUUAUGCCACCAGUGGUAAUCAGUCUGGUUGGGACACUGCUGCUGACCAGAAGGUGGACACUGACCACCAACACAGACACCACACUUGGGCACAUGAUAAAGCACCUGAUUUGAACCCACUAAACAUAGAAUCUAUCACCCACAAGGAAAAUUUACAAACCCACGACAAGCUGUACACAGACUCCAGCAUUCUCGAAGAGUCACCCACAAAGGACCCGAGUCCUGAUCCUUUAGGAAAUAUAGAGGCCAUUACUAGAGUGAGCCCAGUACAGAACCAAUCAUACAGGAUGGAUGAUAGCAUAGAAGGCAACAUGGAUCUGCAGGGUUUGGAGGAUCUGGAUUCCCCAGAAAGUUUGCGACAGAUAGAUUCAGAAGACAACUGUUUUUCGUGGAAUGAGGAUAGAUCCAUGUUACAAAUUAAAGACGAGGCCGAGGAAAAAGGUGGAGACCAUCAGGCGACACCCGAGAAUUCUGGGACAUUUCUGGGUACAAAGGUGGAGGAGCCACAGGAGAUCAACAUCGAGCGUGGAACGUCAGAGGAUGGAGUUUUCAUGACAGCGAUGGCUACUGCCGCAGCAGCCUCGCAGAAAAUGAGAAACAAGAGAAAUGUGAUAUUUCGCAAACCUUCGGAUGAAGUAGCUGAAAUCAACCACACUAAACAAGAUGGGGAAGAAAAGGAUGCCUCGGCAGGCACUGAUGCGAAAUCAAAGCCAGAACUUAUUCACAGUGAUAGUGUUAGCUCUGAUAAAUCUACAAGCAGUAACAUUAGUGCUAAGUUGAGGGAGAGUUUUAGUCUAGCCUUCAGCUCAAGUGUUGACUGGGUAAAGAGGCGUGAGGAACCAGAAAGCCCAAACAGCCCCACAAGGCUAAAGGUUAAAGUACGCCCCAUGUCCCCCAUAAACUUUGUGGUGGAUGAAUGCGGAUUUCCUCUGUCUAUAUUCACAAAGGGCUCUCUCUGCCAUCCAUAUCUCUCGUUACAAUUUUUGGAUUUACUAGAGGAGGUGAAUGUAAGAAGCUUUGUGAUUGGUGCUACAAAUGUUUUAUUCAGGCAGAAAAAGCAUCUCACUGAUGUCAUUGUUGAGACCGAGGAAAGCAAGAUCACAAUCCAUGACAGUGAACUGAAGAGACAGCUGGCCCUGUCCACUGCAGACCUGAGGUUUGCUGAUUAUCUCCUGAAAACUGUGGAAGGAGACAGCACGGAUGCUUAUCUAGAUGGAACCAGUAAGUCAGGAUUUAAGGAAUUAGAGCUAGGCUGGGAAGGUGGUGAUGAGUGGGUCAGGGUACAGUUCAAGGUGUACCUCAUGUCACUGCUGGCCACAGUACAGAAAGGAGAACAAAAACAGCUGGAAGAUUUCAACCUCCACUUUGUGAAUGCCUUCAAGACAACCCACAACUACAAAGUGUGGACAACAGGACAGCAUCCAGAGAUUGAUGCUCUAGAUGCAGGACACCCAUUCCAGGGAAGUUUUAACAUAGCUGACAUGAGGCUUAAAGUUGCCACAAGCCUUCAAAGUAGUGAGCGGGGCAAGAAGGUGAAUGCUGCUGUCAGCAACACAGGGAAGGCAGUGGGUGGAGCUUUCUCUUCAGCCAAAACUGCUGUGUCAUCUUGGUUCAGUGGCCUCACAUCAAGUAACAAACAGCAGUGACAAUAGGUGGAGCCACAUACUGCUCCAUGUGAUCUUUGUCUGCUGAAACAUGGUGAUAGAUUUAAAAAGUACAUGUACAAGAGAAGAUCAUCUCUGCCAAAUACAAAAAUAUUACUGAAAGAAAGAUGGAGACUGGCUUUUGGAUAAGACUUCCCUAACUACAUGUUUGAUGGACUGAAGCCACUCAUUCCACAAAAAGAACCCUGAUGAUAUUGACCCAAAUAGAUAGAUGGAGCCAGUAUACAAGAUAUCCUCAAACCAUACAGUGAGAUGGAUUCCCCUUUGCAAAAACCAUUUAAGUAUAUACCAGUACUGUGGGAACAGGGUUUUAAGCAGUGCAACUUAAAUGUGAAAGGUAUUAUGUCAGAGUUGAAGAAUGAAAAAAAAAUUGUUUUAAAAAAAAUUAUUUAUCAGACAAUACCUCUGAGAAUACAAGUUUUUAAGGGGGUUGAAUAUGAGAGUUUAAGAAGUUGUAUGACACAGAGACUGAAAUACAGGGAGAUUGUAUGUAUAUGUAGAGCACAAUGACGUAACACUAUGUAUCCAAGCUGUGAUGAAAACGCCUGUAACAUGCCAAGAACAAGGAUGGUAUCGGGAACGUGCAAAAUGUAGACUAGGAACUCUUGAUGUAUCCAAUCUUAGCUAGAUGUAUUCCCUAUUAACUAGUGUUUGAUAGUUAAACCUGAAGAAUAAAAUAUAUGUGCCCAAAGAUAUACUCCCAUUAGAUGUGUCCCCUGUUAACAAAUGCUUGAUAUUUAGGCCCUUGACACAUGCGCAGUACACUUCUCUGUUUUGCAUCAUUUUGAAUGAUUGACAACUUAGUAAAGCUAGCUAUUAACUUUCUGUGAAACAAGAUCCAGUGUGACAAAGUCGUUAUACGUUUGUUAUUUAGCAUUCUGCCAGUUAUUUAUGCAAAGGGUAUUUUUCUCUACAGCUAUUAUGAAUUGAGGAAUUAUUAUAAAUUUGUUGUGAAAAAUGUGUUUGUUGUGGAAGUGAGGAAUGAUUAGUGGCCAUUUUAGAAAUCCUUUUUGUAUAAGAUGUUACUGUUCAUUGUAUUACUUGGUGUUUGUUUGAGCUUCUUGGUGAUGUUGUUUGUUACUUUUACGAGAAGUAAAUGGAAGUAGUUUAAUUAUCCAUUCGUAAGUAGUAUUAAGUGUGUGUGAUUUUGUGUCAAGAUACAUUUUUAAGCCUCAGAGAAUUGUUAGGUUAUAUGGAAUUUGUGAAAUAUCUGUCAUGUUAUAAUUGUAUAAUGUGUUAAUGAUUACAGCAAUUUGAAUUCAUAAUUCAUAGAAGUGUGUAAAUAAGAUAACCAAAAUUGGUUGUGAAGAUUUUUUUUUCAAUAAUUGCACCAUUAAAAUUUCUGUAUGACCAGCUUUGUGUUAUAACAAAUUAUUCACAAAUGAAUGUAUCAGUAAUGGAAAUAUUUAGCUUGCUAUACACACAUAUUCCUUUUUCCUCUGUAAAAUUAUCACUCCAUUAUUAGAUCGUAUCUUCAUCAUAAUGAGUGAAAAAUUAUUCCUUACAGAUUACUCGUCUCUUUAUUGCAGAGAAUUAAUGUCUCAUCAUUCUUAUCAACUUCACUUUUGUUACUUAGAGAUGGAAUUCAGCUUAGCGAAAAAUUCUAGUAUUUGCUUGGUCAUGUUAGAGAACAAGGGACCUGGUUGAAGCACUGUCUGGCUCACAUUGGGUAGUUUUCAUUCAGUAAGGUCACUUUCAGAACAGUGGACUAACUAGUCCGAGGGUCAAAUAUGGCCGACCCACUUGAACACUUCCCAUGGGAUAUCUAUUUAGUGUCUAUUAGCGGGUUAGACGGCAAACAAUUUAGUGGGUCGCCAUUUUUGAACAGUGGCCUAGUUAGUUCACUAUUCUGAAUACGGCUUAAGAAGAAUAUGAUGAUCAGUGAAAGCACUGUUCUUGAUGGGGGACUCCUUAACAAAAGCUGGUGUACCACCGUUUGUAUGUGCAGUAUGUGUAAUACUAAACCACUUUUUGUUCCUGAAAAUUGGCCUCUCUUGUUGGAAAUGGCAGAAACAUGCUGAUAAUGGAGAGGCGCGUUUCCAGUGUCUGGUAACAACCCAUGGUGCCUAACGCACAUUGCAUUAACAACUGAUAAAUAUAUUUAGAUCAGUAUAAAUAUUUACUAACAAAAAGAAUCUACAUUUUUCGAUUAUGAGCGCGAGUAUCUUGCUGGACAUGGCGCCAAAAAUUGACGACUGCAUGUCUGGGGAGGGGAAUCUUCAAAGUUCGUAAAAUUAGUUACAAGUUUUUUUUAAGUCGAAGAUUAAAAAAAAGAAACAUCAUGAUUACCUAAUGGCAUGAUAUAACUGUAUGAGUAUUUUAUAAGGUUGAAGUUCGAUGUUAAAUUAUUUGUCUCUGUACUCUGGUUACAAUAGGUUUGAUACUAUGUGGAUAAUGUUUACCUCACCUGAGAUUUGGAAGUUACAGAGCUAUACGUGUUAAAACUAUUAAAAUGCUGUUACCACUUGAAUU